AUGGCCGUCGCGAAGACGCUAGCGCUCUGGGUGCUCGCCGCUGUUUGCCUUGCGGGAGUGGGGGUGCACGCACAACCGUCACCCGAGGUCCAGAAGCGCAUCUCUGCUGCUAUCAAGAAGGCGGGGCAGUCCAACUCAACCGAGAUCGACUAUACCCAGUUUGUUAAUGUCUUCAUCGGCACUGACAACUUCGGCGAUGUCUGUCCUGGUGCGUCCGUGCCCUUUGGCAUGGUUAAGUUCUCUACGGACUUAACGGGCUACGCUCCUGCCGGCUAUAUCACCGAUCCAACACAGAAAAUCCGCGGUCUCAGCCCGCUCCACGACAGCGGAACCGGUUCCUCGCUCGGAACCUAUGGAAACUUCGAAAUCAUGCCCAUGCUGUGCCCGGGUGGCUUCAACUCCUGCAAGGUGCUCCUCGCCGACCGUGAGCGCUUCCGCAAGAACAACACCGAUGAUGCCUACCCUGGCUACUUCUCCCAGACCCUCGACAAUGACAUCAAGAUGGAGGCAACUUCCACCCGUCGCGCAGGUCUUGAGCGGUUCACCUUCCCCAAGGGCUCGGGGAAGCCGUACUUCGCGCUCGACCUCGCGAAUGACCUCCCCGCAUCAUACGUGGGCGGCUCUAUGAACAUCGAUCCUGAGCAGGGUAGGAUCAUCAUUGGCGGACACUGGGGCUCCAGUUUCGGCCCUGGUAUCUACAGCUAUCAGGCCUUCGCUUGCUACGAUAUUCUCGAUGGCGGAAAGCAGAAACUGAGCGAAUACGGCGUCUGGACUGGAAUGUCGGAUGAGCUUUUCGAUGCGAAGGGCCUCGGCAAGACAUCCCUCAAUCUCACCCGCAACCUUAUCGGCGGUGUCUACGAGUCCGGAGCGCUCUUCUCGUAUGAAGGCGAACCGACCGAGAUCAACAUCCGCGUCGGCGUCUCCUUCGUCUCCGUCGACCAAGCCUGCGCAAACGCCGAGAGCGAAGUCGGCACCUCCUCCUUCGAGGAGAUCGUCGCCCAAUCCCAAGCACUCUGGAACGAGAAGCUGAGCAAGAUCGAGAUCGACAUCAAGAACACCCCAGCGAACGUCACCGAGCUGCUCUACUCGUCCCUCUACCGCGGGUCGCUCACGCCAAACAACGCGACGGGCGAGACGCAGGGAGCGUUCGCGGGCACGACCCACCCGUACUUUGACUCGCUUUACUGCAGCUGGGACACGUUCCGCACGUUCUACCCGCUCAUGUCGCUCCACUCCCCAGUCGAGUUCGCAGAGAUCGUCGACAAUUACAUCGACGGCUGGCGCAAGCUCGGGUGGAUGCCCGAGUGCCGCGCGAACAACCUGCCCGGGUGGACGCAAGGUGGCUCGAGCGCUGACCCCAUCGUUGGGCAGUUCGCGAUGCUCUACCACAACGAGGCUUCUGCGCUCGGGAUCGAUCUGGACGAGCUGUAUUCGGCGAUGCUGGCUGAUGCUGAGAUCAACCCGCCCGAGUGGAAUACGCUUGGCCGGCAGGUGAACGUGUACAAGCAGUACGGCUACGUCCCAUUCGGUGUGUUGGACACUCAGAGCGUCGGCCGUCAGACCCGCGAAGGCAGUCGUACCCUUGAGUACGCCUUUGAGGACUUUGCUCUUCGCCAGGUCGCCCUACUCCUGAACAAGACUGACGAUGUUGCCAAGUACACCAACCGUUCACUUUUCUAUCGCAACGUGUGGGACCCCAAAGUUGAGAGCGACGGAUUCAAGGGCUUCGCUCAGAAGCGGUGGCCGAACGGCACGUUCGCCUUCACCGAUCCCGUCGACUGCUCACCGAACGACAGUGACGACUCUCGCGAGUGCUCGCUCCAGGGUGACAACGUCGUCGGCUUUUAUGAGUCCUCGUCCUGGGAGUACUCAUGGUUCGCACCUCACGACACCGCGCACCUCAUCGAGCUCAUGGGCGGAAACAGCACGUUCGUAAAGCGUCUGGACCAUUUCUUCAACGCGGGCUACUACUUGGCCGGCAACGAGCCCUCCUUCCAGACCCCGAUCGGCUACCACUACGCCAACCACCCCACCAACUCUGUCGACCGCGUUCGCGAGGUCGUAUUCACCAACUUCGACAUCACCCCCGCUGGCCUGCCAGGGAACGACGACCAAGCGGCGAUGGGCACGCUGCUCGUCUUCCACCUCCUCGGGCUCUACCCCGUUCCCUCCACCUCGCAGUUCCUCGUCCUCUCGCCCUUCACGCCCAAGUACACUAUCCACAACUCGUUCCUGAACGUGAGCACGACGGUCACCGUCGCCGGCUUCAACGCGACCUCGGUCCAGCAGACGAUCCCCGAGGGCGCGGCGGCGUACGUCAAGAGCGUCACGUUCAACAACGUCACCUCCCCCAAUAGGUGCCAUCUGGACUUCUACGACGUCUUCCGUGUCGGUGGGGAGCUCGUCAUCGAGGUCACCGCGGACAAGGCCUCGGUCGAUGAUUGCGGGGCGGGUCUGCCGGAGUCGGUGUCAACUGGCGGUUUCGCAGCCGCUCGGUAG